AUGGGAAGCCGGCCCACGAGGGCGAGCGGGAGCCUCAUGAUCCUGCCCCUGCUCUGGUUCUUUGUGCUCCUCAAGAAUGCUACACCUUUCCAUGUUACCGUCCAAGAUGAUAACAGCAUUGUUGUCUCCCUGGAAGCUUCAGAUGUCGUGAGUUCCUCAUCUGUAUAUGUUGUGAAGAUAACUGGUGAAUCUAAGAAUUAUUUCUUCCAGUUUGAGGAAUUUAACAGCACACUGCCUGCCCCUGUGGUCUUCAAUGCCAGUUAUCAUGGUCUUUAUUACAUAAUCACUUUGGUGGUGGUGAACGCAAAUGUUAUGAUCAAGCCAGCCAGAUCAAUCACUGUGUUAACAAAGCCUCUUCCUGUCACCAGCGUUUCUAUUUAUGAUUAUAAGCCUUCUCCUGAAACAGGAGUCUUAUUUGAAAUUCAUUAUCCAGAAAAGUACAAUGUUUUUACAAGAGUAAAUAUAAGUUAUUGGGAAGGCAAAGACUUCCGGACAAUGUUAUACAAAGAUUUUUUUAAAGGUAAAACAGUUUUUAAUCAUUGGCUACCUGGGAUAUGUUAUAGUAAUAUUACCUUUCAGCUAGUAUCUGAGGCGACGUUCAACAAAAGCACCCUGGUGGAAUACAGUGGUAUAAGUCAUGAACCCAAACAGCACAGAACAGCUCCUUUCCCACCUCAAAACAUCUCUGUCCGAUUUGUAAACCUGAACAAGAAUAACUGGGAAGAAGAGAGUGGAAGUUUCCCAGAGGAAUCAUUCCUGAAGCCACAAGAUGUCAUUGAGAAAGAGAAACUGCUUCAUUUUACAGAUGAUCCUCCUGAAAUUUCCUCAGCCAAUACUUCUUCUGGGUGGCCAGAUUUUAAUAGUAGUGAUGAGGAAACAACACUUCAGCCAUAUUGGUGGGAUAGUGAAACUGUAACACCAGAAAGUGAAGAUGAAUUUGUCAGUGUACUUCCCAGGGAAGAUAAAAUUAAUAAUACAGUUAGUCCGAUUGAGAAAUCAACAUCAGCACCUUUAUCUUUUUUCCCUGUACAAAUGAUAUUGAACUGGUUGCCCCCAAAACCACCUACCGCCUUUGAUGGGUUCCAUAUUCGCAUAGAGAGAGAAGAAAACUCUACUGAAUUUUUGACAGUGGAUGAGGAAGCCCAUGAAUUUGUCACUGAACUGAACGAGCCUGGGAAAUAUAAAUUAUCGGUGACGACUUUUAGUUCCUCUGGAUCUUGUGAAACAAGGGGAAGUCAAUCAGCCAAAUCAAUUAGUUUUUACAUCAGUCCUAUGGGAGAAUGGAUUGAAGAACUAACAGAGAAGCCUCAGCAUGUCCGUGUGAAUGUUUUAAGCUCAACCACUGCCUUAAUGUCCUGGACAUCUUCUCAAGAGAGCGACAGCAAUAACACAAUUGUGUCUGUUGUGUCUCUAACCUGCCAGAAACAAAAGGAAAGUCAAAGACUUGAAAAACAUUAUUGUACUCAGGUUAACUCAAGCAAAAGCAUCAUUGAAAAUCUGGUUCCUGGUGCCCAAUACCAGGUUGUGAUUUACCUAAGAAAAGGCCCUUUGAUUGGACCACCGUCAGAUCCUGUUACUUUUGCCAUUGUUCCCACUGGAAUCAAGGAUUUAAUGCUCUACCCUUUGGGUCCGACCGCCAUUGUUCUGAGCUGGACCAGGCCUUACUUAGGGGCAUUCAGGAAGUAUGUGGUAGAAAUGUUUUAUUUCAAUCCUGCAACAAUGAUAUCAGAGUGGACAACCUACUAUGAAAUAGCCGCAACUGUCUCCUUAACUGCUUCUGUGAGAAUAGCCAAUCUAUUACCAGCAUGGUACUACAACUUUCGGGUUACCAUGGUGACAUGGGGAGAGCCAGAAUUGAGCUGUUGUGACAGUUCUACUAUAAGCUUCAUAACAGCCCCAGUGGCUCCAGAAAUCACUUCUGUUGAAUAUUUCAACAACUUGUUGUAUAUAAGUUGGAUGUAUGGGGAUGACACAACUAACCUCUCACAUUCCAGAAUGCUGCAUUGGAUGGUCGUUGCUGAAGGAAAGAAAAAGAUAAAAAAGAGUGUAACACGCAAUAUAAUGACUGCAGUGCUAAACCUACCUCCAGGUGAUAUCUACAAUCUCUCAGUAACUGCUUGCACCGAGAGAGGAAGCAACACCUCUCUGCCCCACGUUGUAAAGCUAGAACCAGCUCCUCCAAAAUCACUUUUUGCAGUGAAUAAGACUCAAACUUCAGUGACUCUGCUAUGGGUGGAAGAUGGAGUUGUUGACUUCUACAAAGUCUUCUGUCAACAAGUUGGCUCUAACCAGGAAAUAAAGCUCCAGGAGCCAGUUUCUGUUUCUUCCCAUGUUGUGACGAUCUCCAGUCUCCUGCCUGCCACUGCCUACAACUGUAGUGUAACCAGCUUCAGCCACAACAGUCCCAGUGUUCCCACAUUCAUAGGCAUCUCCACAAUGGUUACUGAAAUGAAUCCUAAUGUGGUAGUGAUCUCAGUGCUGGCAAUCCUGAGCACACUCCUGAUUGGGCUGCUUCUUGUUACCCUCAUCAUUCUCAGGAAAAAGCAUCUGCAAAUGGCCAGAGAAUGUGGGGCUGGAACGUUUGUCAAUUUCGCUUCCUUAGAAAGAGAUGGAAAGCUUCCCUACAACUGGCGUAGGAGUAUAUUUGCUUUCCUAACUCUGCUACCCUCAUGUCUUUGGACUGAUUAUCUUUUGGCAUUUUAUAUUAACCCCUGGAGUAAAAAUGGACUAAAGAAGAGGAAAUUGACCAAUCCUGUUCAGCUAGAUGACUUUGAUGCCUACAUCAAAGAGAUGGCCAAAGAUUCAGAUUACAAAUUUUCUCUACAAUUUGAGGAGUUGAAGCUAAUUGGACUGGAUAUUCCACAUUUUGCUGCUGAUCUUCCAUUGAAUAGAUGUAAAAAUCGUUACACAAAUAUUCUACCAUAUGACUUUAGCCGUGUCAGACUAGUCUCCAUGAAUGAAGAGGAAGGUGCAGACUACAUCAAUGCCAACUAUAUUCCUGGGUAUAACUCACCACAGGAGUAUAUUGCCACACAGGGACCUCUCCCAGAAACCAGGAAUGAUUUUUGGAAGAUGGUUCUCCAGCAGAGGUCACAGAUUAUUGUCAUGCUCACUCAGUGUAAUGAGAAAAGGAGGGUGAAAUGUGAUCAUUAUUGGCCCUUUACCGAAGAACCCAUUGCUUAUGGAGACAUUACAGUGGAGAUGACCUCUGAAGAGGAACAUAGUGAUUGGGCCUAUAGAAGUUUCCGCAUCAGCUAUGCUGACGAGAUGCAAGAUGUCAUGCAUUUUAACUACACUGCCUGGCCUGACCAUGGUGUGCCCACUACAAAUGCUGCAGAAAGCAUCAUGCAGUUUGUACAGAUGGUCCGACAGCACUCCACAAAGAGCAGAGGCCCCAUGAUCAUACACUGCAGUGCCGGUGUGGGACGGACAGGGACAUUCAUAGCCCUGGAUCGACUGCUACAGCAUGUUUGUGAUCAUGAAUAUGUCGACAUAUUGGGUCUAGUAUCAGACAUGAGGUCAUACAGAAUGUCCAUGGUGCAGACAGAGGAACAAUACAUUUUUAUCCAUCAGUGUGUACAAUUGAUGUGGAUGAAGAAAAAGAGACAGUUCUGCAUCAGUGAUGUGAUAUAUGAGAAUGUUAGCAAGUCCUAGUUAAGGAGACUGAGCAGAGAGAACAUGAAGGACACCCACCUUCCCUUACUUCGGGAUUAUUGGGGGCGGGAAGAACCUACUAGCCAUUUUGCCAAGGAAGGUCCCUGCUUUGCAGUAUAUGGCCAAUAAAGAAGAUAUAUUUUAUCUUGUAGAAACACUGGGAAGACUUAGCCUUAAAGAGCCUACAGUGUCUUUUGGACAGCUUAUUUCUGGACAUUUAAAAUAUUGGACCAAAUUCAACCAAACAUAAUAAAGGAUAAGAUGCUCUACAGAGGAGAGAAAAUACGCCACUCCUGAAGGGUUUGGUUUAUCUUUUGCUGGUUGGACUUAGUUUAAAGCAAGUACAAUAUAUACAUAUAUAUAUAUAUA